UCAUAGUAGCAAAGUGUCACGUAUUUGGCUGUGUAAUCGCCAUAAUUAUAAUUUGUGACACAGACACAUGGACGGACGGACAGACGGACGGACGUACAGAUGAAGUGUCUACAAUAGGUUCUUUUUUUAAGAAAAAAGACCUAAAAAUUAGCUAACCUCAUCGGUGCCACCUCUAAAUUGUUGUUAAUGUUGUUGACUUACACAUAGGAUUCUUAUAAAUACGGUGCGAAAUCAUUCGACAACCACUUGUGAUCUUCAUUAGUUCUGACAAUCAUUUGUUGAAAUUAAAUUAUUCAAAUUUGUGGAUAUUGAGGCAAUAUGUUAAUAGUUUUGCUGCUGUGUGCCUUUGCUACGGCUUCUCCUAGCCCUAAUUACAACUAUCCAAAACCGGACAUACCAUUUUCUGACUCUCCCUCAGAAAUCACAGAUCCUAUUUCGCCAUCACAAACGCCACCGAGAUCUCCAACAACAACAGCACGACCAUCAAAAUUAGAUGAUGAAUAUUUACCACCAUCAACAUCACCAAAACCAUCACCAACAUCACAACCACCACCACCACCACCACCAACACCACCACCACCACCACCACCAACACCACCACCACCACCACCAACACCACCAACACCACCACCACUACCACCAUCACCAUCACCACCACGACCACCACCACGACCACGACCAGAUAAUGAAUAUUUACCACCCACAACUGCUCGUCCACAUGAAGAAGUCGAUAUUGAUCUAAAGUGUCUAGUUUCCUGUGUUGGUUGAGGCGUCAAAGUAUCAAAUCUUCAGUCGUUGGAAAAAAGAAUACAAAUUUCUGAUUAGAAAAUAAAAAUCUCCAUUU